AUGAGUGGGUUUGAAGCUAAAACAGCCACACUCAGGAUUCCAUCCAACCCCAAGGCCGGUGACUCACUGGACAAGGAUGCAGAUUUGUCUUUUCAGGAAAUUCUCGACGAGGAAGAGGCAAUCAGCCGUUCAGUAGCUGAUCAGUCCAAAAAUAUGCAAAAUCUGGCGAUCCGGCUGACCCUCAAACGACUUGUCUCUCAGUUCCCGGGCUUCGAAAUGCCCUACCUAAUUAACCUCUUUAUCAAAUCAGGCUUGUCCCAAGCCAAGGAGAGUCUUGCCACCUUGGAGAAAGAGAUCGGUGACCUUCGAAAAAGUGCAAAGGACAUGUAUGAUGCUAAAUUGAGUGCUAAGGCCUCCUCUGUACACCCGGGCGUACUGGCCUUUUACAAUGAAGAGGUAUGUUGCAUAUUAUCAAAACUAACCGCAUGA